AUGGUACCAGUACUGACAGUCUUCUUCAUGUUGCUCUUUGUCCUGCUGUGCAUCCUGGGGAUCCUGGCCAACGGCUUCAUUGUGCUGAUGCUGAGCAGGGAAUGGCUAAGAUGUGGUAGGCUGCCCCCCUCCGACAUGAUCCUCCUGGGUUUAGGGGCCUCUCGCUUCUGCCAGCAGUGUUUUGGGCUGGUGAACAGCUUCUACUACUACCUCCACCUGGUUGAGUACUCCAGCGGUCUCGGCCGGCAGGUCAUUAGUCUCCACUGGGAUUUCUUUAACUCUGCUACCUUCUGGUUUGGCACCUGGCUCAGUGUCCUGUUCUGUAUCAAGAUUGCUAACUUCUCCCACCCAGCCUUCCUGUGGUUGAAGUGGAGGCUCUCAGGGUUGGUGCCCUGGCUCCUGUUGGGCUCUGUCCUGGUGUCCUUCAUGAUAACUCUGAUGUUCUUUUGGCGGACCCACACGGUGUAUGAGGCAUUCUUACCUAGAAACAUCUCUGGGAACACAACCUUUAAGGAGUGGAACAGAAAGCUGGAAAUAGACUAUUUCAUGCCUCUGAAACUUGCCAACAUGUCAAUUCCUUGCUCUCUUUUUCUGGUUUCAAUUUUGCUGUUGAUCAGUUCUCUCAGGAGACAUACCCUAAGGAUGCAGCACAAUGCCCACAGCCUGCAGGACCCCAGCACUCAGGUUCACAGAAGAGCUCUGAAGUCCCUUAUCUUCUUCCUCGUCCUUUAUGCUCUGUCAUUCAUGUCCAUGGUUAUUGAUGCUACAGUCUUUAUCUCCCCAGAUAACACAUGGUACUGGCCAUGGCAGAUUAUACUCUACCUGUGCAUGUCUGUACAUCCUUUUAUCCUUAUCACCAACAAUCUCAGGUUUCGUGGCAAGUUGAGGAAGUUACUCCUAUUGGCCAGGGGCUUCUGGGUGGCCUAG